AUGGCAAGUUUCAAUCAACAUGAUGUGUAUAAGUCACUAAGUGAUGUCUUCAAACUAAAAGAGUUUAAGUCCAAGCUCCAAGAACAGGCAGUUCUGUCAGUUUUAAAGGGAAGGAAUGAUGUAUUCAUAUCAAUGCCAACGGGUUCAGGAAAGUCAUUAUGCUUUCAACUACCUGCUGUUAUGCGCCCAGGAGUGGCGCUGGUUGUUUCACCUCUCCUUGCUCUGAUAAGUGAUCAGCUAGAGCACCUUAAAAAGUUACACAUACUAGCGGAAACAAUUAAUUCAAGGACUGCAGAUACACAAAGACGUAAACUUUUCCAUCAAGUGACAAGUAUCCCUCGUGAAUCAAGCAAAUAUCUUAAACUCUUGUACAUAACUCCUGAACAGCUACAAACACCUUUCUCGUCGUCUCUUAUCAGUCAAUUAUAUGAAAAUUCGUGUAUCAGUUAUUUUGUUGUUGAUGAAGCACAUUGCGUCUCAGAAUGGGGACACGAUUUUAGGCCUGCAUAUCUUGCUUUAGGCAAAAUUCGUCGAAAACUGUUUCCAGCUGUGCCGUGUAUAGCACUUACUGCUACCGCCACUCCAAGGGUUCGAGAGGACAUCAUUAAAUCCUUAGGAUUAGGAGAAUUUUCCCGUUGCUCUAGUAUCAAACCUGCUGGCUAUAUCGGUGAUUUGGAGGAAUUCAGAUGCAGUGUAUUUCGUUCCAACCUUUAUUAUGAUGUAAUAUUUGGUGACUUACUCGAUGAUGUGUAUGCGGAUGUUUUACAAUUUGCUGCUGAAUGCAUUGGUUGGGACAGAUCUAAAUCUCCUGAAUGGAAAAAACUAGGUUGUGGCAUAGUUUAUUGUCGAACGCGUACUGACUGUGAAUCGUUGGCCGAGAAGUUAACAACACUGGGAUUACCAUCUCAAGCCUACCAUGCAGGAUUGUCUAAGUCAGGCAGAGAAGGUGUUCAGACAGGAUGGUCAUCUGGAUUAUAUCCGGUUGUGGUUGCUACUAUAAGUUUCGGAAUGGGUGUAGAUAAAUCGAAUGUUAGAUUUGUCCUUCAUUGGACUUUACCGAAAAGUUUAGCAGCCUAUUAUCAAGAGUCUGGUAGAGCUGGAAGAGAUGGUCAACAAGCAUAUUGUCGAAUAUAUUAUUUCAAAAAAGAACGUGAUACUGUGGUAUUUUUAACAAAUCAAGAAUCAAGUAGUGGUUCACAAAAAUCUCUUGAUAAUGCUAAAUGUCGAAAAACUGAUAUUAAUGGAAUGGUGAAAUAUGUUGAAUCUGCUACAUGUAGGCAUCAACAGUUUGCCACUUAUUUUAAAGAUGAACCACCUCCAUGUCAAAAUCGAUGUGAUGCAUGUGCAAAUGCAUCGAAAGUAUCAAUGAAUUUAGCUUUAUUUCGUGCGACAGAGUUCACUACUAAAAUUUCUCAGAAUACUGAUGAUAAUUACAGUGAAAAUUACAAUGAUAACUUCAAGGAUAAUAAUAAUGAAGAUGGUGAUGUGGACAAUUUUUCAGUCGAUCAACAACGUGAAGAAUUUGAACGAUCAGAAAGGCAAAGAUUAAUUUCAAGUGAAUUUGAGAAACGUCGUCGUAAUUCAGAGAAAGCUAUGCAGUCAUCAUGGGUUGCAGCACCAGAUACAACAGAAGUUGUAAGUCCAAAUAAUCGUAAUUUAACUGGUAUUACUGGACGUUGUCGGGAUCAAACACUUCAGCUGUUAAUUAGUGCAAUGAGAAAAUUAUUUCCAGAACAUGAUGCCUUAUUGACUAAGUUAUGCGCAGACGCAGAGUAUGCAUUGUUUAAGGAAUCAAAAGUGGCUGCUAUGUAUCGUACUCGUAUGGCAAGACUAAUAACACUUGUCCGUCGACCUAAUGCUGACAAAGAAUCUGUUUGGAAUGCUGUUAAAAGUAAAGCUGAUGCCGUCCUAGCUCAGACAAAAUCCACAGAGAAUAACACUGAAGACAAUAGAAGUAAUAUUUCAUCAAAGACGUCAAAAACAUCGGCAUCAUCAUUAUCAUCAUCAUCAUCGAAACAAGUUCAUCAUCAACAGAACAAAUUGAUAAAACGAUCUAAUUCACCUGAGAUAAACAAAUCCAGCAAUCUAUAUUCAACACCUAAUGUUAGUAAAAAGUUGAAAUUGGAAACGUCGUCUACAACACCACCACCAACAACAAAUACAAACUUUAAAUCACAUUUCAAAAGUGAACAUAUCUCACCGAUAAAGAACCAUCGAUUGAAUGAUGAUGUCAAACACAAACUUGACGGUAGUGAUGACGAUGACUUCCUGGAUUUUGAUGAUGAUGAUGAUGAUGACGAGGAACAAGUGAAACCGUCUUCAAAAUCAAAAAAUGAGUCGGAUAAAUAUAUCAAAAGACACGGGGAUUUAAACCAAUUCAUUCAAAAAUCAAUCAAAUCGGAUAGCAAUAAUAAUAAUAAUAAUAAUAAUAGGUGUAAGGAAGAUGGUUACCCCAGUAAGAAACCAGAUCUUCAUUUGAAUUCGUUUAAACUCGAUGAAGAUAUUAUUAAGUCAUAUAACAGAACUGAACUACAUAUUGAUGAAAGUUCACCAGAUCUUAGCGAUGAUGAUGAUGAUGACGACGAUGAUGGUUGCAUUGACGGUGAUUAUGAAGAGAAAACAGUCGAAAAGGAGACCACCACCACCACCACCAGUUCAACGUUAGUAAAAAUAAGUGAGCAUUCUCUACCAUUGACCAAAACAGCUGAUGAGAAAGCAAACAACAAUAGCGAUAAUGAUGAUGACAACCAUGAUGGUGAUAACGGCGUUGACAAUAUUACUUCAGUUGAGGUGACCUCAUCAGAGGCAGUGCCUAAAUCAGAACCAUCUGAACCUGAGAAACGUGUUGUCUACUUUUGGGAACAAAAUAACAAGACUGAAGACAGUUGUUCAGUUAAUGUAAAUACUAUCACUAGAACUAUUUCGUCUAAUGCCUCUACUAUUCCUUCGUCCAACACUAUGUCUUGCGUUGAUUAUCAUAAUGUGAAUCAAUUUUCGUCUUCAAUAAUAAAAGCAACGACAACAGCAACAAAUGAUCCAGUAUCGAUGGGAACUGGAGUUUCCAGUGAAACACAACCACUAACGCCACAAAAACAACAACCACAUCAUAAGCAUAGAGCAUUUAAUCCACGUUCAAUAGUAUCAAUACCUACAAACACUCGACAUAGUAGUGAGGUGAAAGAAAAGAAUAAUUCUACAUGCACUGAAAUGCAUUCAUCGUCUUCAGCAUCGUCAUCUACUGCUACUGAACUGGCUAAACAAGUAGUCGCUUCUCUAUCACGUUAUUUUGCUAAAGGUUUAUUCGAUAAUAAAGAUUCAUUUAAAUUGGUCGCCAAAAAGUUGACACGAAAACUAUUAACACAUCAUGAAGUUGAUGUAUUCACAAAAUCAAUGUUGGAUCAAUUAAUCGAUCAAUUAUUGUUACAAUUUAUUCAAACAAAACAUCGAAUUCAAUCACCAGAUGAUAUAGACUGGAGUAAAUUAGCUGCAAUCUUUUUAAGAUUACCAUAA